AUGUCUCGGUUAGAUAGAUUAGUGGUAUUAUUGGAGACGGGUUCUACUCCGUUUAUUCGAAAUACUGCAGCGGAUCAGCUAUCAGACUUAGCUAAAGGACAUCCGGAAGAGACGAUCAAUUUGCUUGGAAGAGUGUACCCAUACUUGAAAUCGACCAAAUGGGAGACAAGGGUUACAGCAGCAAGGGCUUUUGGGGGAAUUGUUAAUCAUUCAGAGCUCUGGGAUCCGAAUUGCUCAGACACCAUAAAAAAAGAGCAUGAAUUCGAAGAAAAGGAAGAAACAAUUGUUAAAAUCGAAGAAUUAGAUGAAGCCAGUCGCAUAAAGUUGGAGCAGGACGAAGAAUUGAAAAAGAUUGAUGAUAAUUUAUCGAAUUUGGUUGAUUUCAACUCGUGGAACCUUCAUGAAAUAUUGAAGAGCAACGUCAAAUUAUUAGCAUGUGGAACCGAUGAAUUCGAGCCUUCAAACGGAACAGGACAGCAUCCUGAUGAUAACUCGACAUUCAUUGGUAAGUUAAAGAAACAGAAAAGUAAUAUAACACCUGUCGAGGAAACCGAGGUAAAACCUGAUCCAGAAGUGAAGACUGAACAUAUCGAAGCUGUAAGUGUCUCGUGUGAUAACUCGGACUCAAAUUCACCACGCCCAGACUCGUCAAGAACUGCUUCUAACGCAAGAUUGAAGGCCAUGCAAAAGAGAAGAGCUAAAGUAAAUGCAAAAUCCGGUGCUAUUAGGGUCAAACCCGUGGAUAUUUCACAAAGCUCUAUCUCAAGAAAAUUAGUGGAAAAUGGUGAAGGUACUGAUGAAAUAAUGGAAGAUUCCGCUCAGUACGAUAUUACAUCUCAACAGGGAGGUGAGAAAUUAGUAUUUGAAACCAAGGCUCCAGAAUUAUCUCCUUUGUUAUCUCAGCAUGCUAAGGUUGCCGGGUUGGUGUGGCAAUUUCAAGGAGUUUAUGAAUUAUUGGUAGCCGAUUUAUUCGAUGAAAAGUGGGAAAUAAGACAUGGGUCUGCAUUGGGUUUGCGUGAGUUAAUUAGGAAACAUGGGAAGGGUGCCGGAAGAGUAAUGAAUAAGUCAAAGGAAGAUAAUGACCGCAAUAAUUCUGCUACUUUGGAAGAUUUAGCUGUAAGGUUAUGUACAUUGUUUGCCCUUGAUAGAUUUGGUGAUUAUGUUUCCGAUACGGUUGUUGCACCUGUCAGAGAGUCGAGUGCACAAACUUUAGCAGCGUUAUUGAUCCAUUUGGAUGAUCAAGUUGUUCUCAGAACUUUUGAUAGCUUGAAUAAAUUGGUAUUACAAGACCACGCUAAUGAUCUAGGGGUUCCUAAAUGUUGGGAAGCAAAGCAUGGAGGUAUGUUAGGUGUAAGAUAUUUUGUUAGUGUAAGAACUGACGUUUUAUUAUCGAGACCAGAGUCCUUAGAUACAGUUGUAAAUAUGGUAUUGCAUGGACUACAAGAAAGCGAUGAUGAUGUUCAGUCGGUUGCUGCUUUGACAUUAACUCCAAUUGCAUCACAAUUUGUCAAAACCAAGCAAGAGUUGAUUCAUACUUUAUUGAGUGUUAUAUGGGACUGUUUGACAAACUUACGAGAUGAUUUAUCGGCCUCUAUUGGAUCUGUAAUGGAUUUAUUGGCGAAACUAUGUACCCACAAGGAAGUAAUUGCAAUUAUGCAAAAGGAUGCUAUAGAGAGCAAUUCAAACUCAUUUGAGUAUUUGGUUCCAAGAUUGUUCCCUUUUUUUAGGCAUUCUAUUACGAACGUCAGAAAGGCAGUAUUAAGAACAAUCCUUGAAUUUUUAUCUAUUGGCAGCGAUGUCACUAAAAAAUGGAUUAAUUCAAAAGCUUUAAGACUAAUAUUUCAAAACCUAUUAGUUGAACAAAACAAGGAUGUUCUAGAGCUUUCUGUAUUAGUUUACAACAAAUUAUUAAAGGAGAUUGAUCAAAAUAAUGAAUUGGAGUCCAUGGAGACAAUCUUCGGAUGUCAUUUUCAACCGCUACUUACGUUACUCAUGACUCCAAUUGGAAUUGCAAGACACAACUAUCAUAUGAAUACAAAUUUGAUAAUGAGACCUUCAGGACACAUUCUAGGAUCGCUUGAAGAUGGAUCAGCGGUAUCGACCCCGAUUGAAGAUGAUACCAAUCUUGAUCCAUUGGAACCGAAUGGUGUUGAAAAACGUGGUAGAAAGAGAAAAUCUCCUAAUGAAACCAAAGUAAAAUCUGAUUUCCCAUUUCACGAAGAUUUGAAAGUGAACAUAGAUGCACCAAUAUUCAAAGGUGAUGUUAUGUUAGUUGGCUUUGAGACUUUCAUAAGAACUAGAAGCGAGGCUGCAACUGCCUACGGUAAUUCAUUGUCUUAUAUUACUAAUGAAGAAACAUUACAGAACAUCUUCCAAUUAUUGUUACAUUAUUUAAGCUCACCCCAUGCCACACCACGCUUAUUUAGUGCUCUAGUCAUACAAGAGUUUGCAAAUUCUUUGAAGUCCAGGGACAUGUCACCUCCAGAAACAGCUAUAGCGUUAUUCCAGGAAUCAUUAAUGAAUGUAUUGUCUAAUCCUGAUAAUUCUACAUUACCAUAUUAUCGUGAGUUGGUUCCUACGUUGAAGUCAGUGAGAACAUCCUGCUUGCAAAUGUUUGAUGCCUUUAUAACAAGUGCUAAAGUAUCCCCAACAAAAAUUCCACAAUUACCUGUAGUAGUUCAGGGAGAGAAUGAAGCUGGUCCAGGAGCAUUUGGGCUUGAAUUUGCUGAAAAGAUUGUUAAUGAAACUUACCAGAAAUUAAUGAAGAAUUUAUCACCAACGUAUAGAAUGAGUGCCAAUCAAACACUUGAAGAUUCCAAGCAUCGUAUCACGGUGGCCAUACAAGAGGCCAAUACUGCACGCACUCACAGAACGACAGGAAUAUUAUCUGUUUAUGCUGCAGCUGUACUUGCAUUGAAUGGUAUUCCAAAGAAGUUGAAUCCAAUCAUCAGAUCGCUUAUGGAUAGUGUUAAACAAGAGGAGUCGGGUAUUUUGCAACAGAGAUCUGCUAUUGCCGUAGCGCAUUUAAUCAAAGAAUUAAAUAUUGCAGGUAAAAAGGGAGCAGCGGAUAAGAUUGUAAAAAAUUUAUGUGCUUUCCUAUGUGUGGAUACUUCUGAAGUUCCUGAGUUUUAUCAUAAUAUUAAAUUCAAGGAUUAUAUUUUAUCUUUGAGAAAAGAAGAAGCUAAAACUGAUCCUGCUGAUAUUGCGGCGCAUGAACGCGCUAUAAUUGAAGCUAGAAUCAAGCGUAAUGGUGCACUUAUGACAUUGGAGGCAUUACUUAGUAUCUAUAAAUCGAACUUAUUUGAAGAAGUAUCGAAGUUAAAAGAAUUAAUGCUUGAGCCUUUGAAUUUAUUGAAGAUUUCUUCGACAAAUGAAGUAAUAGAAGACGUAUUAAAAGGACAGAGCAUUAUCGAUGCUUUAGGGGUAUUGCGUGCGUUGCUUCCGAAAUUGGAUAGUUCAUUAUACCCUGAAAUUAUUGAGAGGUUGCCGUUAUUAAUACCUGGCUUAAGCUCUGAUUUUUCUGUUUUCCGUUAUUCUACUGCAAAGUGUUUUGCGACUAUAUCUUCGAUUUGUCCUACAAAAGCGUUUACAUUUUUAGUCAAGUCAAUCUUACCAAUGUUGAAUAAUGCGGGGGAAGUUAAGGAAAGGCAAGGUGCAAUUGAGAGUAUUUAUCAUCUUUCCAGUACUAUGGGGUCGGACAUAUUACCCUACAUCGUCUUCUUAAUCGUGCCAGUACUAGGAAGAAUGAGUGAUACUGAUCAAGAUGUUCGUAUUUUAGCAACUACUACUUUCGCUUCCAUAAUUAAAUUGGUUCCCUUAGAAGCUGGUAUUCCUGAUCCUGCUGAUAUGCCUCAAGAAUUAUUAGAAGGGAGGGAUAGAGAAAGAGAUUUCAUUCAGCAAAUGAUGGACCCAACCAAGGUCAAAUCUUUUGACUUGCCUGUAAGUAUUAAAGCAACCUUGCGUAAAUACCAACAGGAAGGUGUAAAUUGGUUAGCAUUUUUGAACAAAUACCAUUUACAUGGUAUUUUGUGUGAUGAUAUGGGCCUUGGGAAAACUUUGCAGACUAUUUGUAUAGUUGCAUCAGACCAUUACAUGAGAGCGGAAAGGUUUAAGGAGACGCAAUCUGCUGAAUUUAGACGUCUUCCUUCAAUCAUAAUCUGUCCUCCUUCAUUGACUGGGCAUUGGGAACAAGAGUAUAAUCAGUAUGCACCAUUUUUAAAAGUAAUAGUAUAUGCCGGGGCUCCUUCGAUUAGAUCAGCGAUAAGGUCACAAAUCCAUGACGCAGAUAUUGUUGUUACAUCCUAUGAUGUUUGUCGUAACGAUGUUGAAUUUUUAGCUAACCAUGAUUUCAAUUAUUGUGUUUUAGAUGAAGGGCACAUCAUCAAGAACGCUGCUUCCAAGUUAACUAGAUCCGUUAAGAGAAUAAGAGGUGAACAUAGGUUAAUAUUAUCAGGUACACCAAUUCAAAACAAUGUUCUAGAAUUGUGGUCAUUAUUUGACUUUUUGAUGCCCGGAUUCUUAGGUACUGAAAAGGUCUUUCAUGAAAAGUUUGCGAAACCAAUUGCAACCAGUAGAAGCAGUAAAACAUCAUCCAAAGAACAAGAAGCAGGUGCUUUGGCGUUGGAGUCGUUACACAAGCAGGUGUUACCCUUCAUGUUACGUCGUCUUAAGGAAGAUGUACUUUCUGAUUUACCACCCAAGAUCAUUCAAGAUUACUAUUGUGAAUUGAGUGAUUUACAAAAGCAAUUAUAUAAAGACUUUGCUAAAAAGCAAAAGUCUACAGUUGUGGAUGAAGUUCAAAGUGAGGGUGACGAAGCAAAAGAAGGCAAAACUCAUGUUUUCCAAGCUUUACAAUAUAUGAGAAAAUUGUGUAAUCAUCCUGCUUUAGUCCUUUCUCCAGAUCACCCUAAAUUUGCGGAAGUGAGCACCUACUUACAGUCCCAUAAAUCUGAUAUUAGAAGCAUUGAACAUUCACCAAAAUUGAUGUCCUUGAAAAAUCUAUUAUUAGAAUGUGGUAUUGGUGUUAAUGAUAACGAUUAUUUGUCUGCAAAUUAUAAACAAAAGCAAAAGCAACAGCAAAUGAUUACAUCCGAAGGUGUUAUUUCAGAACAUCGAGCAUUAAUUUUCUGCCAAUUGAAGGACAUGUUGGAUAUAGUUGAGAAUGAACUUUUAAAGAAAUACUUACCUUCAGUUACAUACACAAGAUUAGAUGGUAGUACUGACCCGAGAGAUAGACAAUCAAUCGUCCGUAAGUUCAACGAAGAUCCAUCUAUUGAUGUUCUACUUUUAACCACGAAAGUUGGUGGAUUAGGACUCAAUUUAACUGGUGCAGAUACUGUCAUUUUCGUUGAACAUGAUUGGAAUCCAAUGAAUGAUUUGCAAGCUAUGGAUAGAGCCCAUAGAUUAGGACAGAAGAAGGUUGUUAACGUUUAUAGAUUAAUCACGAAAAAUACGUUAGAAGAAAAGAUUAUGGGUUUGCAAAAAUUCAAAAUGAAUAUUGCUUCUACAAUCGUUAAUCAACAAAAUUCGGGCUUAGCAUCGAUGGAUACUAAUCAAUUGUUAGAUCUUUUUGAUGUUGACGAAAAUGCUGCAAAAUUAGUCGAAAUCGGUGAAAAUAACACUGAUAAAAAGGAAGAAAAUGUUCCUGAUGAUGUCGCUGGUGGUCUUACUGGUAAAGCGGCAGGAGCUGUCGGAGAAUUGGCUGACUUAUGGGACGAAUCUCAAUAUGAAGAUGAAUACAAUCUUGACAACUUUAUUAAAACUCUUAAAUAA